AUGUUUCGUCGUAGUAAAUUAUCAUUUCUCAAUACCAAAGAUGAUCGUAUAAAAAUCAUCAACGAGCGCAUCAAUUUAACCGAAAAACAUUUAAUGGAAAUGUGUUCGACAUUUUCGUCUUGCACAAGGAAGAUGGCAAAAUUUCGUGAUUCAUAUGAUGAGUUAUCGAAAAGUCUCAAACAUUAUGCCGAUGAAGAGGAAAUCAAUGAAAGUCUAACAGAAGGUUUGAAAAAUAUGACAAAUGCUGUAACAAUAAUGGCUGAUUAUAUGGAUUUGAAUGUUCACCGUAUGGAAAUAAAGAUAGUCAACGAAAUGGCCCAAUUUGAAACAUUGUGUAAAACAACCAGAGACAAUUUACGUACAGCUGUCAUAGCUCGGGACAAGGAGGUACUAAAGCAACGACAAAUGUUGGAUCUUAAAUCCAAAUUCUCUGCCAAUAAUUCCGCUGCCGAUUCCGAAUUGCUCAAAGCCAAAAUGGAAGUUAAUCGUACAAAUAAAGAAAUCGAUGAAGUCAUAAGUAAUUUUGAAAAACGUAAACUCAACGAUCUGAAACAGAUACUAACCGAUUUCAUAUUGAUUGCAAUGAAAUAUCAUACCAAAUCGUUGGAAGCCUUAACGGCUAGUUAUUAUGAUGUUAGCAAUAUUGAUGAACGUGGUGAUUUUAUAGAAUUUCAAAAAUUAAUGAAAACGAAAAAUGAGGCACAGGAAAAGAAAGCGGGGAAGAAUAAGAAGGCUAAUAGCUUACGUUCACAAUCAAUGGAAAGUUUGGAUAGAGAUCAGCUGUUGAGUCCGUUGAAGAGAAAGGGAAGGAUGUCAAAGUCAACGAAAAAUUUAAAUGAAGCUAAAACUGAUGAUGAUGAUGAGGAUGACGACGAUGAUGAUGAUGAGGACGACGAUGAUGAGGAUGAUGAUGAUGACGAGGAAGAUGAUGAGGACAACAGCGCAAGAUCAAAAUCUGAUGAUGAAUCCAACACUGAAGCCGAUGAAGAUGUGGGCGAUGCCGUGUCUGAUGAUUCUGCCUCAGAUAUAAAGGCAAAUAGCAAAUUUAAUUAUAAGAAACCCCUAGCAAAGCCACAAGUUAAACAUCCCUUCAAAGCUGUGGCAGCCACACAUGUUCUCAAGAAACCCCAUUUAAAAGCCGAAGGUAGCAGUGGUCCUGCAAUUGCUGGCAAAAAUAAAAAUGUAUUUGUAACAAAACGUUUAACAGGUGUUUCCGCCUCUUCCUCGAAGGGUAUACCACGUUUGGUAAAUAAACACGACAAGCAUAAACUAUCAGCGUCUACUCCUUUAAAGGUUGAGGAAACGGAUGAGGAGGAUGACAAUGAAAAUAAUGGCGGUGCAGCUGGUGGUGAAGUUAAAAUUGUCGAACGAAAAAAGAAAACCAAAUCCAGCGGUGAAAAGAAUGCGGGAAAUGUUAUUAAUUGUACACGGAAUAAUCGGAAUUAG